UAGCAAUACUAAUUUCUACCCGAAAAUAUAGAUUAACCACCUAAACUGAAGUUGGGACGUGAAUGUGCGUGCGUAUGUGCCAGCGGAGUAGUGGCACAAUAAAAAAGUAAAUAAAGCGCGUGUGAAGUGGUGCAGAAAGCGAAAAGAGAGUCGAAAAGGCCCGAAAGUCCCAUUAACCCGACGCUCGAUCAUCAUCCAUCUGCAGCAUCCGUCAUCCGAAGUCGAGGCAAUAAUCAUCAGCAGCUAGCCACAAUCGGGCGAGCCAUCUAUCCAUCCGAAGAGCACCGAGAAGUAGAACCUCAAUCAUAGCGAUGGCCUGUGCAACCCUGAAACGCGCCCUGGACUGGGAGUCGAUGAACCAGCGUCCUCCCAAGCGCCGGCGCUGCAAUCCGUUCGGCCAGGCCGGGAGCAACGCCGGGCCAGCGUCUCCGUCCCGCGACGGUCCCAGCACCUCGGCGGGACUGCCCCACACGCCCACCAACCGAUUCGCCAAGGACAACACCGAGCCCAGUCCGUUCAGCGAGGCGUCGCUGGCCAAGAUGUCGCCAGACAAAAUGGCCGAGAGCUUGUGCAACGAGAUCAAGAGACUGCACAAGCGCAAACAGCUGCCGAUCACCUCGUCGGCCCUGGAACGCAUGCAGGACUCGGAGUCGAGCGGAUCGGAGAUGGGACCGGAGAGCCCGCGCCGCCCGGACAGCCCACCGGACAUCAUGCGCCACGGCGAAAAGGCCCUGUUCACCUUCAAGCAGGUGCAGCUCAUCUGCGAGAGCAUGAUCAAGGAGCGGGAGAAUCAGCUGAGGGAGCGCUACGAGUCCGUGCUGACCACCAAGCUGGCCGAGCAGUACGAUGCCUUCGUCAAGUUCACAUACGAUCAGAUACAGCGUCGCUACGAGGCAGCGCCUAGCUACCUGUCGUAAGGCUGUGCAGGACCUCGAGCCUCACAGAAAAGAAAUUAAUAAUUGCACUACGAUCUUAUGUGACGGUAGAUCUACCGCGACAACAACAGCCCUCAUUUAAAACUAAAACAAACAACAAAUAAGGAAACUAAAGCAAACGCAAAACAAACCAACAAAAAACCUAAAAAACAAACAAAAAAAACAAACUAUAACAUACAUCGUGUUUAAUAUAUUUUGAAAUACACACGCGAAGAAAGCAGUUAUAGUUUAUGCCUAGAUUUACAUAUAUAUUGUAUCGGUUAGCAGCAAAGGGAUGAAUUAUUUAACAGCAAGCAGCAACAACAAAAGAAAGAAACCAACAAAUCUUGUUAAAUUUAUGUUUUUCACAUAAUGAAAAUUCUAAAUAAAUGACAAAUAUCUGAUAUGAAGAACUAUAAGCACACAGCCACUGCAGACAUAUAUGGUGCAUCCGUAGAGAGAACGAUUCAAUGAAACCUCAAACGUAGCUUCGUACAUAACAGACCGACAGAAUUGGUAAAUAUAAUGUUAGGUACUUGUAGCAAAUAAGGUAUGAUGUAAAACGUAUCAAACUAUAUUGUUUUUUGAAAUAGUUAUUUAUGAGCGGAAGGCCCCCAGCGAAGGGAGCCAACAUUAAAUCAACAAAGAUAACUCACUACUCAUGAAGAACACCUUUCAUAGUUUAUUUUUGCAUAUUAGUUGUACUAAGCCGAGAAACGAACGCUUGACUUUGUCUAUUUUCUCGAGUAUCGUUUGUUAAUUGUUUCUUCCUUUGAUGCGAAUUAUUGCAAAGUAAUGUAAACACAAAAAAAAACAACUGAAAUGUUUCGAAUUGCUUUGCAGCCUACGAAAAUGAAUACCGGAAAACAAAAAAACACAAAAAAAUAUAUUCAAUAAGUCAAAUUGAACGCUUUCUUAUAAUAUACGCUUGACAGAAGAAGUUUCAUGUUCAUUACAAAUAUUUUUUUCACACCUUGAAGAAUAUAUACAAGAAUAUAUGAUAUAUAUAUAUUUUUCAAUUACCGCAAUCAUACAUACUUUAUAUUAGUAAUUUAAACUUAAAAUUAGUAAAGAAAUGCCAUUUUUAUAUUAAAACAAACAAAAAUAAAAUGAUGAAUUGUAGAAGCCAGCUGGUCUUUUCUUUUUAAAGCUUUUAAUUCUGUUUGUACAAGAUCUUUAAAUUUCAUCUGUUUGUAACCUCCAUUAUAAUUUAAACCCACCCCAAAUUUCUCAAUAAAGCGUUAUUAUUGGUUCAGGUUGCUCUAAAAGUAAGCUGAUGGUAAAGUAA